AUGUCUGCAGCGCGUGUUGGUGCACUCACAGUCCCCGACGGGUCUGCUGUGCCAGAGCACGGGUUGCGGAAUUUGGAAGCUUUGUUGCAACAGGUUGCUACGGAAGCUGCUACCACUAGCAGUGUUGGCUUGCUGGCCCAGGUCUUGGGACAGACUUUGGGGAUGGGGGUUUGGGCAUCGGGCUCUAUUGGCACACCUCCGCCACCUCCGCAGCCCACGGAAGCAGAAGCCUUUUCCGACACCGCAGCGCCAACGAGGUUGAUCUCAUCAGAAGAACUCUCCCAGAAACCUGAGGACAAAGAGGAGAACAUCCUUGACGAAGACACCUUGGAGCUGCCUGGGCGUGAUUCGCCAGCCGACGCUGCUGCCCACACUCUUGUGCCCGAGCCUGAUGGUGGUCCCUCGACCUCUGAUCCCGUCUCUCCUGCCACUGUGGCCCCGCAGGAUGUGGUGCCCAAACAUGUUGCCUUGCCUGCCGUGCCGACAGCUGCAGCUGACGUUGCAGAGCCCAAGGUCCCUGCGCCAACACCCAUUGCAGAGCCCAAACUCUCUGCGCCAACGCCCAGGACCCUGAAGGCUGCCGCCAGUGAUCCAGCAACACCCAAAGUUUCUCGCAAACGUGCUUUGUCCGCCGAAGCCCCAAAAGCCGCACCCGCCCCGAAGAGGAGAAGUGGGAAAAUGGGAUCAGGAGUUGGACAUGCUCAGCUCCGCAAGUUUACCAGGUCCAGUCCCCAUCCAAUUUUUUAG